AUCCGUUUGAGGCUUUCAUAAUUUUUUCUAUUCGACACGAGAUCAGAAAAAUUGAUCUCCACAAGCGUGACUACAGCCUCUUAGUUCCUGGUUUAAGAAAUACAAUCGCCCUGGAUUUUCAUUUCAGUCAGAGCUUGCUGUACUGGACAGAUGUGGUGGAGGACAAAAUUUACAGAGGCAAGCUCUCUGACACUGGAGGUGUGAGUGCCAUUGAGGUUGUGGUACAGCAUGGCCUGGCCACACCUGAAGGUCUAACUGUAGAUUGGAUUGCAGGAAACAUUUACUGGAUAGACAGCAAUUUGGACCAAAUUGAAGUGGCAAAACUAGAUGGGACCUUGAGGACAACACUAAUAGCUGGAGCUAUGGAGCACCCCAGGGCUAUUGCUUUGGAUCCUAGAUAUGGCAUUCUGUUYUGGACCGACUGGGAUGCAAAUUUCCCUCGCAUCGAAUCCGCUUCCAUGAGUGGGGCGGAGAGGAAGAUCAUCUACAAGGACAUGGACACGGGAGCCUGGCCCAACGGCCUGACCGUGGAUCACUUUGAGAAAAGAAUAGUGUGGACAGAYGCCAGAUCGGAUGCCAUUUAUUCYGCAUUGUAUGAUGGAACCAGCAUGAUAGAGAUUAUACGGGGUCACGAAUAUCUUUCUCACCCUUUUGCUGUUUCUUUGUAUGGGAGUGAAGUUUAUUGGACAGAUUGGAGGACCAAUACCCUCGCCAAAGCCAAUAAAUGGACUGGCCAAAAUGUCAGUGUAAUACAAAAAACAAGCGCUCAGCCAUUUGAUCUCCAGAUUUAUCAUCCAAGUCGUCAGCCACAAGCUUCCAACCCGUGUGCUGCUAACGAGGGCAGGGGUCCCUGUUCCCACAUGUGUCUGAUCAAUCACAACAGAAGUGCUGCCUGUGCCUGUCCCCACCUGAUGAAACUGUCUUCAGACAAAAAAACAUGUUAUGAAAGAAAGAAGUUUCUUCUUUAUGCAAGGCGUUCAGAAAUAAGAGGGGUGGACAUYGAGAACCCAUAUUUCAACUUCAUCACAGCCUUCACUGUUCCUGACAUUGAUGAUGUGACAGUCAUUGAUUUUGAUGCCAUUGAGGAACGUUUAUACUGGACUGAUGUGAAAACUCAGACCAUCAAACGUGCCUUCAUUAAUGGGACUGGCCUAGAAACCAUUAUUUCAAGAGAUAUUCAGAGUAUCAGAGGKCUUGCAGUGGAUUGGAUAUCACGUAAUUUAUAUUGGAUUAGCUCAGAAUUUGACGAAACACAAAUUAACGUGGCACAUUUAGAUGGCUCCUUGAAAACCUCAAUCAUCCAUGGAAUUGAUAAACCCCAGUGUCUUGCUGUUCACCCAGUAAAAGGUAAACUGUACUGGACGGAUGGUAACACGAUCAACAUGGCAAACAUGGAUGGCAGCAACAGCAAAAUACUCUUUCAGAAUCAAAAAGAUCCCGUUGGUUUGUCAAUAGAUUAUGGGGAGAACAAGCUUUACUGGAUCAGUUCAGGAAAUGGAACCAUAAAUAGAUGCAAUUUGGAUGGUGGUAAUCUUGAAAUAAUUGAAUCAAUGAAAGAAGACUUAACAAAAGCCACAGCUCUAACAAUUAUGGAUAAAAAGCUUUGGUGGGCAGACCAGAACUUGGCUCAGAUUGGCACCUGUAAUAAAAAAGAUGGAAGAAACCCAACUGUAUUGAGAAACAAAACUGCAGGYGUUGUUCACAUGAAAGUGUAUGACAAAGCAGCACAGCAAGGAAGCAAUUCCUGCCAGUUGAACAACGGGGGAUGCUCCCAGCUUUGUUUGCCAACAUCAGAAACCACCAGAACUUGUGUGUGCACAGUAGGCUACAACCUUCAAAAAAACCGCAUGGCCUGCAAAGGUAUUGAAUCAUUUCUSAUGUAUUCUGUCCAUGAGGGAAUUAGAGGAAUUCCUCUUGAUCCAAAUGAUAAAAUGGAUGCUUUAAUGCCUAUUUCUGGGACUUCCUUUGCUGUGGGCAUAGACUUCCAUGCAGGAAAUGAUACAAUCUAUUGGACAGACAUGGGUUUCAACAAAAUYAGCAGAGCUAAGAGAGACCAAACCUGGAAAGAAGACAUCAUCACAAAUGGUUUGGGGAGAGUGGAAGGCAUUGCAGUGGACUGGAUAGCAGGUAACAUUUAUUGGACGGAUCACGGCUUCAACCUGUUGGAAGUGGCGCGGCUGAACGGCUCCUUCCGAUACGUCGUCAUCUCGCAGGGGCUGGACCAGCCCCGCUCYGUCGCGGUGCACCCCGAGAAAGGGUAUUUAUUUUGGACAGAGUGGGGACAGACCCCUUGCAUAGGCAGAGCACACUUGGAUGGGUCAGAGAAGGUUGUCCUUGUCAGCCUGGGGAUUGCAUGGCCUAACGGGAUUUCCAUCGAUUAUGAGGAAAAUAAAUUGUAUUGGUGUGAUGCUCGUACGGACAAGAUAGAAAGAAUUGACCUUGAGAGUGGAGGGAAUCGAGAGAUUGUGCUGUCAGGGAGCAAUGUGGAUAUGUUUUCAGUUGCCGUGUUCGGAGCUUACAUCUACUGGUCUGACAGAGCACAUGCAAAUGGCUCUAUUAGAAGAGGCCACAAGAAUGAGGCCACGGAUGCUGUGACCAUGAGGACUGGCCUUGGGAUAAACCUGAAGGAAGUGAAAGUCUUUAAUAGAGCACGAGAGAAAGGCACCAACGUGUGUGCCAAGAACAACGGCGGGUGCCACCAGCUGUGCCUGUACCGCGGCAGCGCUCGCAGGACGUGCGCCUGCGCUCACGGGUACCUCGCCCAGGACGGSGUCAGCUGCCUCCGACACCAAGGUUACCUGCUCUACUCGGGAAGGACAAUACUGAAAAGCAUCCACCUUUCAGAUGAGACCAACUUGAAUUCUCCAGUAAGGCCCUACGAAAAUCCAGAGUACUUCAAAAAUGUCAUCGCWCUGGCCUUUGACUACAGCCUGAAGGGGAGGGGCACGAAUCGAAUUUUCUUCAGUGAUGCCCACUAUGGAAACAUCCAAGUUAUUAAAGACAACUGGGCUGGAAGAAGAGUGCUAAUUGAAAAUGUYGGGUCAGUGGAGGGACUGGCUUAUCACAGAGCCUGGGACACUCUGUACUGGACCAGUUCCACCACCUCCUCCAUCACCAGGCACACCGUGGACCAGCGGCGCCGCGGGGCGUUCAACCGCGAGGCCGUCAUCACCAUGGCCGAGGAUGACCAUCCCCACGUGCUGGCCCUGGAUGAAUGCCAAAACUUAAUGUUUUGGACUAACUGGAAUGAGCAGCUCCCAAGCAUCAUGAGAUCCACCCUCUCAGGCAAAAAUGCCCAGGUUAUCAUUAGUACAGAUAUUCUGACACCAAAUGGACUCACCAUUGAUCACAGGGCGGAGAAACUUUACUUUUCAGAUGGCAGCUUGGGAAAAAUUGAGAGAUGUGAAUACGAUGGAUCACAAAGAUAUGUGAUUGUCAAGUCUGGCCCAGGCACCUUCCUCAGCCUGGCAGUGUAUGAUGAGUACAUUUUCUGGUCAGAUGGAGUGAGGAGAGCCAUCCUGCGUUCCAGCAAAUACACGGGAGGAGACACCAAAGUUCUUCGUUCCGACAUCCCGCACCAGCCCAUGGGAAUCAUUGCUGUKGCCAACGAUACCAACAGUUGUGAGCUAUCUCCCUGUGCACAAAUGAAUGGAGGCUGCCAUGAUUUGUGCCUCCUGACACCUGAUGGACGAGUGAACUGCUCRUGUCGAGGGGACAGAAUCCUGAUAGAUGAUAACAGAUGUGUGAGUAAAAAUUCAACUUGCAACAUCUAUUCAGAGUUUGAAUGUGGGAAUGGUGAAUGCAUUGAUUAUCAGCUGACUUGUGAUGGCAUCACUCAUUGUAAGGACAAGUCUGAUGAGAAGCUUUUCUACUGUGAGAACAGGGGCUGUCGGAAGGGUUUCAAGCCCUGCUCCAAUCGCCGCUGUGUUCCCAGUAAUAAAGUSUGUGAUGGUGCAAACGACUGUGGUGACAACUCUGAUGAAUUUGAAUGUAAAGACUCCACGUGCACCUCGACAGAAUUCCGCUGCGCAGAUGGGCUUUGCAUCGGGAAAUCGGCGCGGUGCAACCAGAUCAUUGAUUGUGCAGAUGCUUCAGAUGAAAAGGACUGCAAUAAUACAAACUGUGCUUACUUCUACAAACUUGGGAUCAAAUCUUCAGGAUUUAUCAGCUGUAAUUCCACUUCCCUUUGUAUCCUGCCAGAAUGGAUUUGUGACGGAUCUAAUGACUGYGGAGAUUAUACAGAUGAGCUGAAAUGCCCAGUUCAAAACAAACCCACAUGUGAAGAAAAUUAUUUUGGUUGUCCUAGUGGAAGAUGUAUUCUGACCACCUGGCUUUGUGAUGGGCAGAAAGACUGUGAGGACGGAGUUGAUGAGUUGCACUGUGAUUCGUCCUGCUCCUGGAAUCAGUUUGCCUGCUCUGCCAACAAAUGCAUCUCCAGGCAGUGGACCUGUGACGGGGAGGACGACUGCGGAGAUGGUUUGGAUGAGAGCGACGCUGUUUGCGGCUCAGUGACCUGUGCAGCAGACACCUUCAGCUGCCUGGGCUCUCACGCGUGUGUCCCCCAGCACUGGCUCUGUGACGGCGAGCGCGACUGUCCCAACGGCAGUGACGAGCUGUCCACAGCAGGCUGCGCUCCUAAUAACACUUGUGAUGAGAAUGCUUUCAUGUGCCACAACAAAGUCUGCAUUCCCAAACAGUUUGUUUGUGACCACGAUGACGACUGUGGAGAUGGAUCAGAUGAAUCUCUGGAAUGUGGGUACCGUCGCUGUCGUCCUGGGGAGUUCACCUGUGCUGAUGGAAGGUGCCUCUUGAAUUCCCAGUGGCAAUGUGAUGGGGAUUUUGACUGCCCAGACCACUCUGAUGAGGCACCCAUCAACACCAAGUGCAAAAGUUCAGAGCAGUCAUGUAACAGCUCUUUUUUUAUGUGCAAAAAUGGCAAGUGCAUUCCUCAAAGUGAGGUUUGUGAUAACAAAGAAGAUUGCAGUGAUGGCUCUGAUGAGAAAAGCUGCCACAUUAACGAGUGCCUCAGCAAGAAAGUCAGUGGCUGCUCWCAGGAUUGUCAGGACCUUCCUGUUGGAUACAAGUGCAAAUGCUGGCCUGGAUUCCUCCUGAAGGAUGAUGGCAAAACAUGUGUAGAUAUUGAUGAAUGCUCAUCUGGAUUUCCCUGUAGCCAGCAAUGCAUCAAUACCUACGGAACCUACAAAUGCYUGUGUGCAGAAGGGUAUGAAACACAGCCUGAUAACCCAAAUGGCUGCAAAUCCCUUUCAGAUGAGGAACCUUUCUUAAUUCUGGCUGAUCAUCAUGAAAUAAGAAAAAUUAGCACUGAUGGAUCCAACUACACUUUGUUGAAACAGGGGCUGAACAAUGUGAUUGCAGUGGACUUUGACUACAGAGAAGAGUUCAUUUAUUGGAUUGAUUCCAGCAGACCAAACGGCAGUCGCAUAAACAGAAUGUCUUUGAAUGGAAGUGACAUCAAGGUAAUCCACAAUACAGCUGUUCCCAAUGCCCUGGCUGUUGACUGGAUUGGGAAGAAUCUCUAUUGGUCUGAUACUGAAAAGAGAAUUAUUGAGGUGUCAAAACUCAAUGGUUUGUACCCAACGGUCCUUGUGAGCAAGAGAGUGAAGUUCCCCAGAGAUCUGGCCUUAGAUCCUCAAGCUGGAUAUUUGUACUGGAUUGAUUGCUGUGAGUACCCUCACAUYGGCCGUGUUGGGAUGGAUGGAUCCAGGCAAACUGUUGUCAUAGAAACACAGAUAUCCAGGCCCAUGGCUCUGACCAUAGACUACGUCAACCACAGACUGUACUGGGCUGAUGAAAAUCAUAUUGAGUUUUCUGACAUGAAUGGGUCUCACAGACACAAAGUCCCUAAUCAAGACAUCCCAGGGGUGAUUGCUCUGACAUUGUUUGAAGAUUACAUCUACUGGACAGACGGGAAAACCAAAUCCCUCAGCCGUGCCCACAAAACCUCUGGCUCAGACAGGCUCUCGCUGAUUAACUCGUGGCACACCAUCACUGACAUCCAGGUGUACCAUUCCUACAGGCAGCCUGAUGUGUCCAAGCACGUGUGCACCCUGAACAACGGUGGCUGCAGCCACCUGUGCCUGUUGGCCCCUGACAAGGGACACUCGUGUGCCUGUCCCACCAACUUCUACCUGGCCGCGGACAACAAGACGUGCCUGUCCAACUGCACCGCCAGCCAGUUCCGUUGCAAAACCGACAAGUGCAUCCCGUUCUGGUGGAAAUGCGACACCGUGGAUGACUGCGGGGACGGCUCCGACGAGCCCGCUGAGUGCCCUGAAUUCAGAUGUCAGCCAGGACGUUUCCAGUGUGGAACUGGGCUUUGUGCUCUUCCAGCUUUUAUCUGUGAUGGAGAGAACGACUGUGGGGACAAUUCUGAUGAACUGAACUGUGACACACACGUGUGUCUGUCAGGGCAGUUCAAGUGCACGAAGAACCAGAAGUGCAUCCCCAUAAACCUGAGAUGCAAUGGCCAGGAUGACUGUGGGGAUGAAGAAGAUGAAAGAGACUGUCCUGAAAACAGUUGUUCUCCAGACCACUUCCAGUGUAAAACAACCAAACACUGCAUUUCCAAACUGUGGGUGUGUGAUGAAGACCCAGAUUGUGCUGACGGAUCAGAUGAAGCCAACUGUGAUAAAAAAACUUGUGGGCCUCAUGAGUUCCAGUGCAAAAACAACAACUGCAUUCCAGAUCACUGGAGAUGUGACAGCCAGAAUGAUUGUGGAGAUAAUUCUGAUGAAGAAAACUGUAAACCUCAAACAUGCACUUUGAAAGACUUCCUUUGUGCAAAUGGAGACUGUGUUUCAGCGAGAUUCUGGUGUGAUGGAGACUAUGACUGUGCAGAUGGCUCAGAUGAGAGGUAUUGUGAAACAGGCUGUUCAAGGGAUCAGUUCCAGUGCUCCAAUGGCCAGUGCAUCUCAGCAAAAUGGAAAUGUGACGGGCACGAGGACUGCAAACUCGGGGAGGACGAGAGAAAUUGUGAACCAG